AUGGGCGUCAGCCUUCCCCCAACACCAGCACGUCUGUGCAUUUCUACCUCCCAAGUGCAAUAAAUAAGAUCAAAAAGGUCAGGAAGGGUCCACGCGCUGUCGAUCAAAUGACAGAAGGAAGAGAACGGUACCUAAGAAACUAAGAAAGGCUAAACAGCUGCGCGUCCUGCGCGUUGGGCCGGUUGGGCACGUGAACGUGAGUGAGCGAGUACACCGAGCCCCGAGCCGUUCACGCGACAACAGCUGGGCUGCUGGAACCGUUGCAACGAUUCUCACAGUGAGGCCUCAUGGAAAGCAAGAGCACAGAAUCCACCCUCAUCAAAAGGGAUGGAUCGGUGUCUUAUUCGAAAACGCCACUGGAAACCACUGUAAAGCGACUAAACCCAUCUAGAAUACGCCGCAGAAAAAUGGAGUUCGCCGAACUCAUACGGACCCCAAAGCUCGACAGAGUUGUUCUUCACAGACCCCUCUGCGCUAGUGUAGAGGGCACACUUUGCAUUACCAGCCACCACCUUAUUUUUUCGUCUCGUAGGCAAGGCAACGAGGAGUUGUGGCUGCUGCACAGGAUGGUGGACAGCGUGGAGAGACGUAUCGGAGCCUUGUCAGGAUCGUUGUUUCUGAAAUGCAAGGAUUUUAGGAUUCUCCAACUGGACAUUACGGGUGUCGAACAAUGCCACAAUGUGGCCAACUCGAUAGAAUGCCUCUCUACGUUGGACAAUGUCAAGGUGUUUUAUCCAUUCUUCCAUCGGGCACUGUUCGACAUCAUGGAAGACGGGUGGUCUGCAUUUACAAUAGAGCAUGACUUUGCGAGGAUAAAGUUGCUGUCUGACGAAUGGAGGAUAUCAACAGUCAACAAGGACUACUCUGUUUGUGCCUCAUAUCCAGAUCGAGUUAUUGUCCCGAAGAGUAUAGAGGACAGCGUCUUAGUUGGCUCCGCUUCCUUCAGGCAGUCUGGGCGUUUUCCAGUGCUCAGCUACCUACACAAGAGGGUCAAGACGGCACUACUGAGGUGCGGUCAGCCCAUGGUCGGAACAGCCAUGCGCCGCUCCAGGGACGACGAAAAGCUGCUCGACUCUUUGUUGACGAGUGGAAAAAAAGGGUUCAUCAUUGACACUCGAACGCAGAACGUUGCUCAGCUAUCCAGGACAAGAGGAGGCGGCUUUGAGCCCGAGAUGCACUAUCCAAUGUGGAGGCGUCUGCACAAGCCUAUUGAACGUUACCAUGUGCUGCUAGACUCAUUGUCCAAGCUUGUUGAAGCCGUAAGCGACACUGGAGUGAGCAUGGACAAGUGGCUGUCUCGGCUGGAGUCUUCAGGAUGGCUCGGCCACAUCAAGGACGUCCUCACCUGUGCCUGCUUCGUCGCACAGUGCCUCGAUCAAGACGAAACGUCUGUGGUGGUGCACGGCACGGAGGGCAUGGACGGCACCCUGCUGGCCUGCUCGAUUGCGCAAGUCAUCCUGGACCCGGACUGCCGAACGGUGCGGGGUUUCGAGGCACUAGUGGAGCGGGAGUGGCUCCAGGCGGGACACCCAUUCCUCCUGCGCUGCCAGCAUGGUGCCUUCGCGCCGGCCGGCACGCACACCAAGGACCAGAGCCCCACAUUCUUCAUGUUCCUCGACUGCGUGUUUCAGAUCCAUCAGCAGUUCGCAUGUUCCUUUGAGUUUAGUGAGAACUUCCUGAUCAUGCUGUUUGAGCACAGCUACUGCUCUUCAUUUGGGACAUUUCUCUCCAACUCUGAGCGGGAUAAAAAAGAGCUGAGACUUCCAACGAAGACUGUUUCCCUCUGGUCAUAUGUAAACCGGCCAGAAGUAUUGCCGACCCUUUUGAAUCCCAUGUAUGACCCAAACAACAGUGUGAUUUGGCCCUCUGUGGCUCCACAGAGCCUGGUGCUGUGGCCAGGAGUAUUCCUUCGAUGGGUUUACAAUCAAAGACCUCAGCAGGAAGCUUGGGUGACCAUCUCAGAAAUUCGAGACCGGGACAAAGAAUUGCGUUCCAAGGCCAUAAGACUGCGAAGGCAACUGCUGGAGCUGGAACAGGAGGCGGUUGUCCAAGGGCUUCUUCAGGACUCGCUGUGCCUGCUCGAAUGACAUCCGAGGAGGGGCUCGCUGCCCUCUCAGCGAGAAGACGUUGCGGCAGCAGGGCCCAGCAGCAGCUCCGGCACGUCUUCGGAAGCAGGAGUACCCUCGUGCUCUAGAGCAAGUGCCACGCACGGUCAAACACCUUCCCACCCCGUGCCGUCUCGUUCGGCGUCCGUGUCUUCGUCUGCUGCGUCCCCGUCGCCUGCGGGAACACCGUCUCACGUCAGGAGGCUGCUGCGAAGCCUGCUCCACUUGAGUCUCGACAGCCAUUCAAGCGGACGAUGGACGCCCGACCUUGCUGCGAUGUCGUUCGAUGAACUAACCUUCCGGAGGGGCGACGAUUGAGGCGGGGGACCAAACUUGCAGUUAGUUUCUUUCUGAAUUGCCUUGUCUGCUCGUCUGUGAAGCUCUACUCCCGUACCACUUUAAACUACCCUUUUUUUUUCCUCUCUUUUUUUUGGGGGCGCCACGUCAUCUCCAUCACUCCUUGUUGGACUCCGUCUUCUUUUUUUCUUUUGCACCCGGAAUUGUUUUUGUAAUUGCCGGCACGGUCGUAUGUCACAGCAUUGAAAUUUCUGAUGUGUGUUAUCUCCGUCUGGUUUGUUGACGUCCCUAAAUGAGCUGUUUGGUGUUCGGUGUCCUUAAUUUAAGAAGUCUGCAACAGCCGAGAACUUGGACACUGCAUUGAAGAGAGUCCUUCCUGCAUUUUCGUAUUUGCUGAUUGUUGAACUGCUUGGAAAGCUCUGAUGCACUUGUCCUGGGGACUGUAAGAGUAUGGGGAGACCGAACAAGUUUUUCAGGGGGGGGGGAAGGAAAGGAGGGGGAGAAGUGGAGGAGGAGGGCGGAGGAUGCAGGCUGCUCCAUUUCUGGAAAGCAAUAGAAAGGUUAUGGGGAGUUGUGAAGUGUGAGAAAUGUUUAUGCGCAUUAAUGUAAAAAAAAAAGCUAGAACAUUGAAAGGAUUGCACAUAUGUUGCAGCUUACCUCGCAAUUGUUUAUUAUGUUCUGUACAGGCAGAGUCAAAGAAUGUGUACUUUUAAUGCGCCUUUUAUACCCCCGACCGAUGCGUCCACAAAUGUUUCUCACGUGGCUUUGGGGAGCACAUUUCAGAAUAUAGUGUCUAUUUGUGCUUCUGUUGUCAUAAGUGUGUGCUUGUACGAGACACACACAUAAAAAAUGUUGACAUAUCUGAGCUGCAUCAUAAGAGUGCAAACUGCACGAAGUAAACGCCUAGUGAGGGUGGAAUCGGGAUAUGAUUUAAAUAUUUUAGCAGUCACUCCAGACCUCUCUGCUGUCAGUGACCAUUGCUAUUGCUAUUCUCCUCACUUCAUUGUGCGGGUAUAUGCCAGUGAAUUAAACUGAAAUUUAUGUAAGCCCCAGAUGUGCUUUUUGUUUUGUUUAUACAUAAAUAUAUAGGUUCCUGUUUUCUAGGCCUUUCGAGUUUUAAAAGUGUUGCUGCAUCGUUAAGUGCAGCAACUCAGUCUUAUCCCCUGGAUUCACUUGGGGAAGAAGGGGCUUGGUCUUUUGGUUUAAACCAGCCUGUUAUACAACGAUUUGAUAUGCUCGGUUGCUUGCUUUUACCUCACACUUUUGGUGAGCACUGUGCUUAUAGCCGAACUCUGUCAAACGCGUUUAACAAGAUUUAUAAAUUUUACAGUUGAUCAAACAUUUUUAUCCGAGAUGCAAUUGCAUAGGUUUGCAUUUCUGCUAACCUUGUGUUGUGGUGUUUUUUUCGUAAAAGCUCUAGUCGGAGUGGUUCGUAAGAUUGUGCUGUUGGCUUUUGAUCAUUUGAAUUUUGUGUGGCAUGUGCGAACGUGUAAGGGAGUUGUUGCCACCUUGAAGCGAGAGAUUGUGAAUUCUAAUCAAUAAUGUUCAAUAAAAAGUUUUUCCACUAUGCACAACUUA